AUGUUGGAUGCGAUGCCGCAAUUGACAGCCGUACCCACGCGUGAAACCCGUUUUCGGGGGACGUGCGACGGGAGCACGCGAUGGACCGGCGGUGUGCAUACACUCUCGAGGGUGCGUGCAGCAAUAGCCUGUCUAGUUUUGUUGUGCUGCAGUGUUGACGGCGUGAUGUCGGAGGAAGGCGGGGCAGGGAAGAUUGUGAGGAUUCUGGAGCUUCGAGUCCCCUCUAUGUCGAUAUCACCUGUCUUCGUUAACGCCCUUAAUGCCGGAUUCAAUGCGUCGCUGUGGUCACGUAACUAUACACUGGCGAAUGGCUUCCGUGUGGAAAGGAUUGUGAAGGAUAUGGAGAUUCAUGGGGGUGCUAAUGCAAUUAACGAAGCAAUGGCGCAACACGAGGGCAUUCUUCUUGUACAGGGACCAAUCGGCGCUGAACCUUUACACUACUCACUCCCUGCCCUUAAAAAGCACAACCUGGUAUCAUUUGCACCGUUUUCUGGUUCAAGCGAAUUCCGGACCUGGAAUCCUCACCUCUACUUUGUCCGCACCGACCCCGCUGCUGAGCUGCUGGCCCUCCUCCGCUACGCCGUUGACAAACUUCGCAUGUUGCGGUUGGGAUUCAUGUACCUGCAGAACAUGAUGUUUGGGGAUAGUGAGUACGCGCACGCCACAGAGCUGCUAGAUGCCAUUGAUUACAAGUUCUGUGGUGUUUUCACGGUGGAGAGCUCCGUGACGGGCUCUGCUGACGAUGGGGUGUUCAAUGCCACAUGGGAGGAGUUCGCAGCCACACGCCCGCAGGCUGUGAUUGUGUUCGGCUUGCCUUACAAAGACACUGUGAAGUUCAUUAAGCGGAUGCUGACGGAUGAGCGUACAGCUGGCGCCUACCUACUUUGCCCCGGAGUGCUGCAGGAGAAUUUGCUUGGGACGUGGCGCGAAGCU